AUGCUUUCAGAGACAUCACAAACAAGAAGUUGGCUCAAGGCAAAGCUUCAAGCUAUUAAAAGAACCGGUUUACAGUUUUCUGAUGACAUUUUAAUAUCUAUACUGGUUUGUCUCAUGUCAAGAGACAAGCACUUAAUUUUGACUUGCAAACAAGAACAUACGGAAGAAUUAAAAACUAUGAUUGAACAGAUCUUUCAUAAUGUUUUCGGCUUGACUUGUGCAACUGUCACUUGCGAUGCUUCGCAAACUCCUGCUGACUUUAUUGCAAAUCUUUUUAGCCGACCAAAAGACGAAAAUUCUCAUUCUUCAAAUAAUAAUCAUAUUGGUAAUUCAAUUCAAAAUAGUGCUGAGGAUUCACUUAAUCGAUUAAAGCAACAAAAGUCUUACAGAUCAUUAAUGACAACAAGUUCGACAAAUUCAAAUGAGAAAAGGCCUUCGCAAGAAUUUAAAGGAAUGAAUCGACAUUCUAAUUUAUCUUAUAGUCCUAGUAAUCUAAACAACAAAGAUCCAUCUAUAGAUUCUAGUUUUAGUGAUGAAUCUCCAAUUUUUGCUAGUAAUAAUAUUGACGAUGAAAUAUCAAUAAAUGAAGCUGGUGAAUAUGGCCCACGAAAGAAACAAGAACGUUCUCGAACACUUGAUAGUCCUAAAGAAACAAAUUUUAUUUCUUCUGCUGCACAGAAUUCUCAGGCACGUAGGAGAAAUACUUUUCUCACAUCAACAUCUUCUCAACCUAUUGACAUUCCAGAAAGGCCUUCUACCCCAUCUCGUCCAAAUCUUAAUAGAACGCAUGGGAGUAUAGGCACUGGUGGGUUUGAAUCUUAUUCUCCUCAUAACUCUGCAUCUCGAAAAUUGGCUCAGGCAGUGAUAAUUGAGAGUUUAUCUUAUGCGAAUGAAAUCAUAUUUGCAUUUUUAUUGGAGAUUCUGGCUAAUAAAGAAGUAAACGAUAAAUCAACCACUUUCUAUUUACCAAAACCAUUUCUUAUUGUAGCUUUAUUACCGGAAUCUUACCCAAGACAUAGCUUACCUAAUCAAUUGAUCGACAGAUUUUUCUUAAGCUAUAUGUACGAAGGAAUAAUAGGAUUUGGAAAAUCUCCAAUUGUUAAUCGAAAGAAUCCAAUGAUUCGUGAAAUGGAAAUUGAAAAAUUAUCAAAAGAUAUGGACAAUGUUUCAGUUCAUACUGAUAUGCAGCGAUAUAUGCGAGAUAUUGUUGUUGGACUACGUACACAUAGAGUUGUCAAAAGAGGAAUAACAUCUCGAGCUUCAACUGACUUGGUAACACUUGUAAAGGCAUUGGCUGCUGUGUUUCAACGUAACUAUGUUACACCAGAGCUAGUGAUAUUUGCAAGUGAGAAAGUAUUCUCACAUCGAAUAAUAUUACGAGAACCAGGUGAUGAUAGAAGUAUAAUGUAUGGGACAAGUUUGAAGACUUUAUUAAAAAAAAUGCGAACCAAUGCAACACCAGGAGAUGUUAUUGCGGACAUUCUGCGAGCUGUUUUUCCUCCUGUGUGA